AUGGCUAGACAUCUAUUCCAGAUUCCGACAGUGGUGCACUUCGACUUAGGGAUUUCGUGGGAAGGUCAAGGCGGGAGACAAGAGAUGUUGGCGAGCAGGGAGAUCAAAUCGAAACGAGCUUCGCAAGAUGGGAGUUCCAGGCCGGAGGAGGGGGUGAUUACUUAUGGGUAA